GGCCCUGUGCUCCUGGUAACCUGCAGACUAGCCUCCAGUGCAGCACCAACUCUACCUCAGUGACCUGGGACAGAGGCAGUGGAGCACUGUCCUAUAUGGUUGUAGGAGAGGCUACCAACAGCCACAUUACCUCCUGUAACUCUAGCGCCACCUACUGUGAUCUGGAGGGAAUGCAGUGUGGCCAGAUGUACAACGUCUCAGUCCACUCUAUGGAUGGAGUCUGUAGGAGCCUUCAGAGUGUCAGCUCAGACGUGCAAACGGCCCCCUGCCCGCCCCAGAAUGUGGCUGCCCAGGUGCACUGUGCCUCAGGCAUCAUGUUGGUGACCUGGGAACCCAACAUGGAUGCCUGGUUUUUCCUGGUGGAUGCAGUGACAGAGGGAGGGAGCAGCCACUCCUGUAACACUACAGACACCCAGUGCUCCAUCACCAGUCUUCCUUGUGGAGAGAGCUUCUCUGUCCAGGUCACCGCUGCCAGAAGAGGCUGCCACAGCAUGCCAAGUCAGGCUCUCAACGUCUCAUCAGCCCCAUGCAUGCCCACGAGGGUGAACGGUAGCCAGAACUGUGUGACCAACUCUGCCUGGGUGUCCUGGGCCCCUGCUCUGGGGGUGGACAGAUACAUGGUGACUGCUGAUGGCGUGGGGGGGUUCAACUCCUCCUGCUCCAUCCCCGGCUUUGACACCACCUGUGAGGUGCCUGACCUGGCCUGCGGCGUGCUCUACACCUUCUCUGUUACUGCUAGCAACGGACACUGUGAUAGUCCACCCAGUGCGACCUUCGAACUCGAGACAGCUCCCUGCACCCUGGCAAGCAUCACCGCCUUCGCCCAGUGUCACAACUCCUCCAUCCGGGUCCUGUGGGAGCCCAUGGAGGGCAGCGUGGGAAACUCUGUGUACACCGCCACAGCGGAGGCCAGUGACCGCAGCGUGCUGACCUGCAACAGCUCUGCCAGCAGCUGUGACCUGGAGGGGGCGCUCUGCGGUCUGCACUACACCGUCAUCGUAGCAGCAUCAUCAGACUGCUGCACCAGUCAGAGGAGUCCUCCUUAUAGGAUCAGCAUGGAACCCUGCCCACCCCAGGGUGUGGUCAUCAGCUCCUCCUGUGAGUCCCAUGGAGCGCACGUGUCCUGGACCGCGUCCCCUGUGGCUGAGACCUACCUCAUGAUCGCAACGGGUGGAAAUGGUGAUGUGCGGUCCUGCAACACGACCGCCAGCAACUGCUCCCUGUCUGCGCUGCAGUGUGGUCAGCAGUAUGCCGUCUCUGUGACCGCUAGCCACGAGAACUGCUCCAGUAUGGCCAGCCGGAACGUCACGUUCAAUACGGUGCCCUGCCAGCCAGACGGUCUGUCCGUGUUGGUCCAGUGUGUCAACCACUCUGCGCUGCUAUCGUGGACAGUCAGAGGUGGUGUUGUGGACUACUGGGGCUGUGCCCAGGCUGAGGAUGGCAUCAUGCUUUACUGUGAGAGCACAGGGACCUCCUGUACCAUCACAGGGCUGGAGUGUGGUGCCCAGUACACA